UAGCCUAGCUUCCAGUUUGCAUCAAAGAUGGAGGACCUACCCGCCAAACAGGAGAACCUGGACGACCCGCCCAACAGCCGGCUGUUCGCCGUCACCAGCCGCUCCCUGACGGAGGAGCAGCUGCGGGAAAGCUUCGCUGUUUUCGGGGACGUUCAGGGCGUCUGGGUGGUGAAAGAUAAACAGACAAAGGAGUCCAAAGGGAUUUCUUACGUUAAAUUCAGCAAGUCGUCACAGGCCUGCACCGCCAUGGAGGAGAUGCACGGGAAGGUCCUGGUGGAGGGAACAAAACCUAUUAAGGUGUUUAUCGCUCAGAGUCGCUCCUCAAACAGACACCGAGACGUGGAGGAUGAAGAGCUGACCAGGAUCUUCGUCAUGAUCCCCAAAACCUUCUCAGAGGAGGACCUGAAAGACACCUUCAAGGAGUACGGAGAUAUUGAGUACUGUGUGAUCAUCAAGAACAAGUUCACCGGGGAGAGUAAAGGCCUCGGAUACGUCAGAUACUACAAACCCUCCCAGGCCGCCUUCGCUAUAGAAAACUGCGACAAAAGUUACAGGGCGAUCCUGGCUGAGCCUCGCUCUAAAGCCAACGUGACGGAGGAAUAUUCUGGAGGGGCGCCCAGAGGAGAUUACUCCGGAGGAGGAGGAGGAGGGGGGGGGGGAGGAGGAGGAGGAGGAGGAGGAGGAGGUCCCCAAGACUCCACAAACCAGUACGCCUUCCCCAUGGCACCGGAGCCCGUAAAUUAUCAGCAGAUUGAUUAUCGUUCUGGAGAUUUUACUCGCUGCCUGAUGGUUUCCACGCGAGCCGCCCUCACUCAGGAACAGAUCUUCGCUCUUUUUGACCUCAUCCCAGGAAUGGAGUACUGUGAACUGCAGAGAGACGCCUACGGACUCAGCAAAGGUCACGCUCUGAUUCGCUACAGUAACCUCGGAUCAGCUGUUUACGCCAAAGACAAGCUGAACGGAUUCGAAUUCCCGCCUGGAAACAGACUUGGAGUCAGUUAUGUUGACGAUGGAGAGGACCGUAGCAGUCCCGUAGGCCGCAUGGCGAUGCAGUUCGUGGCGACUCAGAUGAUGUCAUCAGCGUGGAACGGACCCUCCAACAACCAACAAGGGAUGAAACCCCCCCCGCCUAGUUACCCCCCCGUCUCCAACCUGCCGAGGAUCCAGACGGACGUGAGCCUCCCCCCCCUGAAGAAGCUGUUCCCCCCCGACACCAAAGCCAAGGAGCGUCUGUUCGUGGUGUUCAGCCCCUCGCCGCUGCCCCACGACGUUCUGGAGGACGUCUUCUGCCGCUUUGGAUCCCUGAUCGAGGUUCAUCUGGUUCCUCUGAGGAAGGUGGGAUACAUGAAGUACGCAGACAAACAGUGUGCAGACGAUGCUCUGGCGGCGCUUCACGGUCGGAUCGUGAAUGGAGUGAAGCUGAAGGUGAUGCUCGCUGACCCUCCCAGAGAAGAAUCACACAAACGGCCCCGAACAUACUGAGGGAGACGGCUACUGUCAUGACACAAAGACACGUGACCUGCCUCGACCUCUGACCUUUGACCCCGUCUGACCCGACCUUUACUGAGAGCUGCAGUCUGACUUUCUUUAGAUAUUUUCCACUGAGUUUCAGUUCUUUUAGUUUCUCUCACCUUGUUGAGACUCCAGGUGUUUUCCAGACUGACUGUAAUCUGUGUUUUCCUCUCAGUGAGAAAUAAACAUCAGUUCAUCAACUCC